AUGUUACGACGAACAGCAGGCGAGGUCCUUAAAAAGAGUCCCAACGAUGUCGUCGUGCUCUCCGCCGUUCGCAGUCCCAUCGCCCGGGCCUUCAAGGGCGGAUUCAAGGACUCCUACCCAGAGGAGAUUUUGAUGCCGGUAAUGCAAGCCGCCGUGCAACGAGCAAACAUCGAACCAGGCCAAGUCAACGAUGUGAUGAUCGGCAACGUCCUCGCAGAGCUGGGCUUUGCGAAAACAGGUCGCAUGGCGCUGAACGCAGCAGGCUUUCCCAACUCGACAACCUUCCACACCAUCAACAGACAAUGUUCAAGUAGUCUGCAAGCCAUCACGCAUAUCUCGCAUGCCAUUCUCGCAGGCCAGAUUGACGUCGGACUCGGCGGGGGUGUGGAGAGCAUGUCGAGGAAUUAUGCAACGCGCGGAAUCCCCGUGGACGUGUCGCCGACGCUCCGGGAGUCAGAUGUCAAGGAUGCAAGGGACUGUUUGUUGCCCAUGUUGCAGACGUCGGAGAAUGUUGCGUCGCGGUAUGGGAUUAGUCGAAGGGAGCAGGAUGAGUUUGCGGCGGAGAGUCAGCGCCGGGCGAGUGAGGCGCAGAAGUCAGGUCGGUUUAAGGCAGAGAUUGUGCCUGUCACUGUCCGGUCGGUGAGUGUGGGAAUUGAUGAGGAGACUAUUUCGGGUGUGGAGCGGGAUGAGGGUGUUCGGCAUACGGUGACGGCGGAGAAAUUGGCGACUUUGAAGCCAGUGCUGGAGAAUGGGUUCAGUACGGCUGGAAAUUCCUCGCAAAUUUCCGAUGGCGCCUCAAGCACCGUUCUCGCCCGCCGCUCCUGGGCCGAAGCACAGGGUCUCAAACCCAUCGCCCGAUUCGCCGGCACUCAGGUAGCCGGUUGUGCACCGGACGAGAUGGGAAUUGGGCCCAUUUUUGCCAUCCAGAACCUGUACAAGUAUCUGGGCAUUGAAAAUAGGGACAUUGACAUUGUCGAGAUGAACGAGGCCUUUGCGAGCCAGUCGAUCUACUGCCUUCGCGAACUGGGCAUUGAUAUGGACAAGGUGAACCCCAACGGCGGCGCCAUUGCCCUGGGACAUCCCGUCGGAGCAACGGGUGCCCGACAGGUUGCUACUCUUCUCGCGGAGUUGCAACGGUCGGAUAAGGAGAUGGGCAUUGUGAGCAUGUGUGCUAGCACGGGUAUGGGUGUGGCAUCCCUCUUUAUUAGAGAAUAG